CUGGUAGAGCUAUUUUUAGAAGAGUGAUCACUUGUAAUUAGAGUACAUGUUCAUUGCCCCUAUGGCUAUAUUGCUUACACUUUCCCCAUAAAUGGAGUCAAAUUGGUAGCAUAAAGCUGGUAUAUCAUCAACAACAAUCUAUCUUUGCAAUUGCCCCGAAAUGAAACCAGGAUUCCAAACCCAUAGCUAACCCUAAUUCUUCCUGUUUAUAGAUCAAAUUUCCUCAAAUGUGCCCUUCAGUGUCACCUAUUUCGUUGUAUCUUCCCUCGAGCAGUCGAUUUCCAUAUCUGCCAAACUUGAAGCAUUCUCCACUCCCAUUUUUUAUCAGAACUAGAUGCAUUAGGUUUCCCAUUUCUGCUUCAACUGUGAAGAAAAAUGGUGGGCUUUCUUGGGAGGAGUCGUCAGACUCGUACGCUUCCCAUGCUUACAAUGGUUGGACAGCUGAGAAACCAGUUUUCAAAGAGAUCAAUAAAGGUUGGCCUACAUUUGUGAAAAUCAGCAAAUGGGCUUCUGUUGCUGCUUUCCUUGGGGCUGCUGCAUAUUUUUCAAUGCACAUGAAAGGUUACAGUCAUUUUACUAGUCCGUCCAAUUCUAUGCACGGGUAUGCAGUGCCGCAUACAAAUGAUGGACAAGUAACUGAUGAGCUAUUGGAAGAUUCUCAGGAUCUUGAGGCCGGCCGGGAGAAUGUGCCUGCCGCUCUUGGACAAAAUGCUGUUGCAGAUCCAAAAGAUAUGACUACACAAGGCGAGCUACAGCGCAUCAUAAUUCCAUUUUCUGCUGAUUCCACUCAAAAGGAUGCUUUGGUUGUGUUGAAAAAACUCGAGAUUGUUGAAGAUGAGGUGAAAGCAGAAGAACUAUGUACACGGAGAGAGUGUGCCAGAUGGCUAGUUAGAGAAAGUAUGCUACUAGAAAGGGACAUGAAGCAUAAGAUAGAUUCAUCUAUCGCACUUGCUGGCUCUACUGUAGCGGCAUUUAAUGAUAUUGACAUUGAAGACCCUGAUUUUUUGGUCAUUCAGUCGCUUGCGGAAUCUGGGAUUAUUCCGAGCAAGCUGUCGCUGGAGAAAUUUCCCUCUACUCCCUAUGAUUCUGUAGGCCAUAAUGGUGUCAAUUUCUUUCCAGACAGAUACGUUUCUCGUCAAGAUCUGAUCAGUUGGAAGGCCAAACUAGAAUAUGAUAUUAUACCAGAAAUCGAUGAAGAGAUGUCAAGGAGGAAAAUUGGAUUUCUUGAUGUGAGAGACAUAUCAUCACAAGUGCUGGUUGACCUUUUUGUGGACAUUCAGGCUAAUGAAAGGAGCAUUGCUAGGAACGUUUUCGGACAGGGCAAUCGGUUCCAACCAAACAAACCAUGCACAAAAGGUCAAGUGGCAGUGACAUUAACUAGUGGAAAAAUGAGAGAGUAUGCACUGUUUAAAUUAAGACACUUGGAAGAUGAACGUGCUUCACGACUAGCAAACAUGGAAGAAUUGAAACAAGAUCUCUUAGACAGUGGUGACAUAAAACUUUUUUGGCAAAGUAAGAUGGAAGAAGAAAAGUGCCGUGGUCAAGAGGUUAAUGCGGCAUAUCUUGUUGCAAUUGACGAUUUGGAUCGAGCAAAGGUUGAUUUGGAGAAUGCCCAAGCCGAACUUGUGAAACAGAAGGCUGCUCUUGACUGUCAAAAGCAGCUGCUUUCUAGCCUCAAGGAAGAGGUUCAGGAGAUGUCAGGUACACUUGCAUCUGAGAAGGCUGUUUAUUUGGAAGAAAAGCGCAAUUUACAGAAUAUGCUCUGUGAUUUGCAAGUUAAGUACGAAGGCAUACUUGACACAAAAUCUGUACUUGAAGCUGAGGUGGAAGCUUUAAGAAUUCUAAGAUCUUUGGUUGCGAAUGAAGCAGUAAAGAAUCAAGCACGAGCAAACGUUCUUGAGGAGGCUGUGCGAAGGUGGAGAUGGGAGAAGAGUUGAGGUCUAAAUAGUGGGAAUAAAAUUCCAUUUGUAAUCUAUGUACCCUAUAUGAGAAAAGGCUGCUCUAUACCUGUACUUUUCUUUUUUCUUCCGGGUUCUUAAAAUUAAUCUGCUGUGGUCUAUAUAUGCAUGCAAGCCAAUCAUGUCACCAACAAAUGACUGCUUCGUACUUUGUACUAUUCUUUUUUUGUUCGUGAGGGAUGAUUUUUGUUGUUGUUAAGUCUAUUAUUUUUUUUUUUUGUCGAAAUUCAACCUUCCAAAUA